AUGCACGCCAACAUGAAUAUCCUGAUCAGCAAAAACUUCGAGCUCACGUCCUGGGACAUGGCACCCCUGCGGUACGCGCUGCCAUUCGUCAGCCGGUGGAACGCAUCGUGGGCAGCGACCCUCGCAGCAGACCUAGACACCGACCACUUCGACGGCUACGAGCGGUGGGAACGAGGGAGACAUCGGCAGAAGGACACAAAGACCGAACUGAAGCUGGAGCUCCAGACCGACGUUAUAAAGACCAUGCUGAAUUGCAGCAGCAACACCUACACGAUGAGCAACGAGCACCCAGUGAUCAUAGCCAUCACGCAGGAGCUCAGGAAGAGCGGCACCCCAGAGGAGAAGGAACGCCCCUCUGCGCAGCACCCUGGCAGCACGGACUCCCUGGUGCUGUGCUCGGGCCCCGAGCGGGAGGGCGCGCACGCCGUGGCCUCGCGGCAGCUGGAGCUGCGGGGCCUCUCGGCGCCCAGCGUGCAGGUCACCGAGGCCCCUAGCCUUCGCCUACGGGCGGAGGGCGAGGGACUCGAGGCGGACACGAACCUCUUCCUGACCGACAGGGAAAUGGACGUCAACCGCAAGGUCAAGAAGGCAUUCUGCGAGCCAGAGAAUGUUGACUUUUGCCCUCCGCUGGAUUGGGUGGACGCUCUGCUUCCACUUUCGGAUGGGGGGGGGGCGAGUUCGUGGUCCAGCGGAAGGAGGCGAACGGUGGCGACAAAAGCUACACCACUGUGGAGGCCAUCCGUGAGGACUCCCGGUGGCCCCUCCUUGACCUGA